GAUUUUAGGGUUUCACAAAAUCGAAACUUUUGUCAGCUUCAUGACGAAAAUUUUUAUUCUCCCGCUUCUCUCAAUCUCCCUCCCUGAUUCGUUUUCCCUCUUCUCUCUCACUGUUUCUACUCGCACCUCCCCCUUACACACCUACUCUAUUAUCCAAUAAGAAUUGGAUCGGUAGCUAUCGGCUCUUAACUCGAUAUCCUACCGCCCAUCGAUCGAUUUCACCCCCGAUUGAUUGUUUUCUUCUCCAUUUUGUUAUCUUCUUCUGCUUCUUCCACCGCCUGAUCUACCGCUAUCACCCACCACCUACGUUUCCGCCCUUUGAAAGCUCCACAAAGACUCCGCUUCUUCUGUCUUCCUCGCUGCCCAGAACUCUCACAACAACCAUCAGCUUUACACCGCCUCUCGAAAACCCUCUACACUCCUCCAAACGACUGCUCGCUCGGUGAUUGUGAUGAUGGUGUAAUUUCUAAAUGGCAGCAGCGAAUCAGAAGGGAAAAAGAGGUGGUAACGUUGGGAUAAAACCGAACAGCUCGGCGACCGUCUUCAAAGGUCCAUCGUCAUACCCAACAGCUAAACCCUUUCUGAGUUCCUACCAGUAGCAUGAAAAUUGGGGGAAAAUACUUCAGAACUGAGCUCUCACAAAACUUUCAUAUCUCAUUCCAGCUUACCGAAAACGUUUUGAAAUCAGAGAAGACAAUGAUAACAUAUGGUGAUGUGGAUGAUUUUAUGGGUUUUGGCCAAAACAUUGGUAUGUGUUCGAAGAAGAAGGUGUAAGGCUCUACUCAAUUUGUUGCAAGUAACCAUUUGUAGGCCAAGUAUCAGACCCUUUGAAGGAAUAUAUGGAGCUGGUGCACACUCUGAUUAUGGUUUUAUAACUCCCUUGGCAACUGAUAAUGUUUCUGGACUCCCAAUCCGGUCAACAGACACUCAUGUCAACCAUUCUACCCUCAAGUGCAGACUCCAAUUGUUAAUAAUCCAGCAUUUUGGGAAAGACUAGGAUCUGAUAACAUUGGAACAGAUACUCUGUUUUUUGCAUUUUAUUAUCAACAAGUACUCUGUCGGAUACAUGUACAAAGUAACUGUGAUGGACUCUUUGGCGUGUCCAACCCAGCAAAGCGGGGAUUCUUCCCUAGUUUUUAUGAUUUUCGAUGUAAAUUAAGUACAAGGAAUAUUUUAUACAAAGUAGGAUAAGAGAAGUGAAAUGCAUUGUAUUUGUAUGAAUUAUAUUGACUUGUAUUUAAGAUAUUUUUGUGAAA